AAAUCGUGAGAAGGCAACGCCGUAGUCUCUCUUUCUAAAAAAAAAUAUUUGGGAAAUCGAAUCGGUAUCGUGGAGAAGCCGAAGUUUGCGUGGGAAAAAAGGAACAGAUGGCACCGAAGAAGAAGCAGCAGAAGAAGAAUAGCAGCACCGCCACCGCCAAAACUCAAACUUCGUCAUCUUCGGGUCCAAGGCUCCAAAUUUCGGCCGAGAAUGAGAGCCGGCUGCGGCGGCUCUUGCUCAACUCGGGCCGCUCCUCCGGAGCCUCUGCAGCAGCUCUGGUGGACGAGUCGCUUUCCAAGGCACAGAAAGCCAAGAAGCUCAAAUCCAUUUACGAGAACCUCUCCUGCGAAGGUUUCACUAACGAUCAAAUUGAGCUCGCUCUCUCUGCUCUUAAGAAUGGUGCUACCUUUGAAGCUGCUCUUGAUUGGCUGUGCUUGAAUUUACCUGGUAAUGAGCUUCCAUUGAAGUUUUCCAGUGGGACUUCUACGCACACAAAUGGAGGUGGUUCUGUUGGUGUCAUAUUGACUGCUCGAGAAGAUUGGACUCCAUCUGUGGAUCAAUCUUCUACUCCUAAUGAGGAUGAGCCAGGGAUUUCUAUUAGAACCAAGGGCCGAUGGGAUGAUGAGACUCUAGAUUCAUGUCAAUCGUCUCAGGCAGAUUGGAUAAAACGAUAUGUUGAACAAGAGGAAGAGGAUGAGAUGUCUACGACAUGGGAAGAUCAUCUGGUUGAUGAAGGUUCAACUAAGAAGAUCUCUGAACCAAGGUCCUAUGAUGUUAUUGCUGAAGAGUAUCGUGUGGCACGGUUAGAAGCUGUAAAAGCAAAGGAAAGAGGGGACAAAAAAAGUCAGGAACAAGCAGGACAUAUCAUUCGCAAAGUCAAGCAAGAGCUUUCUGCUCUAGGAUUGUCAGAGGAUAUCUUGGCAUCAGAAUUUCAGCAUGAACAAGCUACUUGCACUGCUUCUGAGGCCACAAUUUUUAGUUCCACAUCCCACGAGCUCUCUGAGGCAAAAGAAUGUAGUAUAGUUGAAGGCGGUCUGGCAUUUGGUUUGCAUGCAGAGGAAUCAACAAUUGUGGAAGACAAAAUGGAGUACUCAGGUCCCAAAGAGCUUCAAGUUAAAUGUACUCGUUCAGGUGUAUCUGUUGAGGAAAAAAUUCCUGCAGAAGAAGACUCGAUAGAUGUAGAGCUUGGUAAUUUCUUCUUAGAAGAUGGUCCAUCUAAUGAAGGUCUACCUCCUGAUGUUUACGAACUGCAAAGGAAAGAAAAGAUGAGAGAAAUGUCUAGUGAGAAAAAUUUGGAGAAAUUAGAGGGUAUUUGGAGAAAGGGGGAUCCGCUAAAGAUUCCUAAGGCUAGUCUUCAUCAGUUAUGUCAAAAAUCAGGGUGGGAAGCCCCAAAAUUCAAUAAGGUGGUUGGAAAGGGGAAAGGUUUCUUUUAUACUGUCAGUGUAUUGCGUAGAGCUAGUGGGAGGGGUAAGAGCAGAAAAGCUGGGGGUCUAACCACCCUUCAGCUCCCUAAUGCGGAUGAUACUUCUGAAUCUGCUGAGGAUGCACAAAAUAAAGUUGCUGCUUUUGCUCUUUAUAGCCUGUUUCCUGAUCUCCCAGUUCAUCUGCUAAUUACAGAGCCUUAUGCGUCACUGGUUCUUCAGUGGAAGGAAGGGGAAUCAUCAAUCAACAUAGAAGAGAGUGAGGAAGAUCGAAGGGCUAGUUUUGUGGAUUCAUUACUAGGUGCUGAUGGUUCUAAUGCAACGUCUUCUGCUGAUGUUAUGAAUAACAUUAUUUCAGAAGAAUUUCAACAAAUCCAUUAUGAAGAAAAUGAAAAUUCAGCUGUUGCAGGUGUUGAUCCAGAAGUUGGAAAGGUACAUAAUCACAAGGAAGGGGAGAGCUCUUAUUUGAGACAAGAACAGGAGAACAAGAUGAAAAUGCAGAAAUACAAGGACAUGUUGAAAACCAGAGCUGCACUUCCUAUUGCUAGUUUGAAAGAUGAUAUAUUGCAUCUGCUGAAAGAGAAUAAUGUUCUUGUUGUUUGUGGGGAAACAGGUUCGGGAAAAACGACUCAGGUUCCACAAUUUAUUUUGGAUGACAUGGUUGAAUCAGGACUUGGAGGACACUGUAACAUCAUAUGCACACAACCGAGGAGAAUAGCGGCUAUUUCUGUAGCUGAAAGGGUUGCUGAUGAGCGCUGUGAGCCUUCACCUGGUUCAUCUGGUUCCUUGGUUGGUUAUCAAGUUCGUCUUGAUAGUGCAAGGAAUGAUAAAACAAAGCUUCUAUUUUGUACCACUGGCAUUCUUUUGAGGAAAAUUGCGGGUGACAGAAACUUGACUGGUGUUACUCAUGUCAUAGUUGAUGAAGUGCAUGAACGGUCACUUUUGGGUGAUUUUCUGCUUAUUGUUCUGAAGAAUCUUGUUGAGAAGCAAUCAACUUACAAUACUCCCAAAUUGAAAGUUAUUCUUAUGUCUGCAACUGUUGAUUCACAUUUGUUUUCAAAAUACUUCAGUAACUGCCCUGUGAUUACCGCACAAGGCAGAACACAUCCUGUGACGACUUAUUUUAUUGAGGAUGUAUAUGAAAGUAUCAACUAUCGCCUUGCUUCAGAUUCUUCAGCUUCCUUGAGAUUUGAAACAUCCACCAAAGAUAAGAGUAGUGCUGUCAACAAUCGCAGAGGGAAGAAGAAUCUUGUUCUAUCUGCAUGGGGCGAUGAUUCUAUGCUUUCUGAAGAAUACAUUAACCCUUAUUAUGUUCCAGAUAAUUAUCAAUCAUACAGUGAGCAAACUCGACAAAAUUUGAAAAAAGUGAAUGAAGAUGUCAUUGAUUAUGAUCUUCUUGAAGACCUGGUGUGUUAUGUUGAUGAAACUUGCAGCGAGGGUGCCAUACUUGUUUUCUUGCCUGGAGUAUCUGAAAUUUACAUGUUAGUCGACAAGUUAACUGCUUCUUACCGAUUUGGUGGACCAUCUGCUGAUUGGAUUCUUCCAUUGCAUUCAUCUGUUGCAUCAAGUGAUCAAAAGAAGGUGUUCUUACGGCCACCUCAGAACAUACGCAAGGUCAUUAUAGCUACAAAUAUUGCAGAGACCAGUAUUACAAUAGAUGAUGUAGUAUAUGUUAUUGACUGUGGAAAGCAUAAGGAGAACCGUUAUAAUCCACAGAAGAAACUGUCAAGCAUGGUUGAAGAUUGGAUAUCUCAAGCAAAUGCAAGGCAGCGGAGGGGAAGAGCUGGACGUGUAAAGCCUGGGAUUUGCUAUGCCUUAUACACGCGCCAUCGCUUUGAAAAACUCAUGCGUCCUUUUCAGGUUCCAGAGAUGCUUCGUAUGCCAUUAGUAGAGUUGUGUUUACAAAUUAAGUUACUUUCUUUGGGACACAUAAAGCCAUUUUUAUCCAAGGCUUUAGAACCUCCCAGGGAAGAGGCUAUGAACUCAGCAAUUUCAGUAUUAUAUGAGGUUGGUGCUCUUGAAGGGGAUGAACUGCUGACGCCCCUUGGAUAUCAUUUAGCAAAACUUCCAGUUGAUGUACUAAUUGGGAAGAUGAUGCUUUAUGGCGGAAUAUUUGGUUGCUUAUCACCAAUCCUCUCAAUUUCAGCAUUUCUGAGCUACAAGUCUCCAUUUAUCUAUCCUAAGGAUGAGAGGCAAAAUGUUGAAAGAGCUAAGUUAGCGCUGUUGGCUGAUAAGCUGGAUGGUUCAUUUGAUUCAUAUGAUGGUCACAGACAAUCUGACCAUCUCUUGAUGAUGAUUGCAUACAAGAAGUGGGAAAAGAUUGUGCGAGAGAAAGGAAUUAAAGCUGCACAGCAUUUUUGCAAUUCAUAUUUUUUAAGUAGUUCAGUUAUGCUCAUGAUAAGAGACAUGAGGGUACAGUUUGGAACAUUGCUAGCAGAUAUUGGGCUUAUCAAACUUCCAAAAACUUAUCAGAUUGAUAGACGAAAGAGAGAGAACCUUGACUGUUGGCUCUCUGAUGCAUCACAACCAUUCAAUACCUAUGCAAAUCAUACAUCAAUUAUAAAGGCAAUAUUAUGUGCAGGUUUAUACCCCAAUGUUGCCGCCACUGAAAAAGGCAUUGCUGAAGUAGCUCUUGGUACUCUCAAACAGUCAACUGGUCUUGCAUCUAAAGGACAUCAAGUAUGGUAUGAUGGAAGGAGGGAAGUUCACAUACACCCAUCUUCGAUCAACAGUAGCUUGAAGGAAUUUCGACAUCCCUUCCUUGUCUUCCUUGAAAAGGUUGAAACGAACAAAGUAUUUCUGCGAGAUACCACCAUUGUCUCUCCCUACUCUAUUUUGUUGUUUGGAGGCUUCAUUAACGUUCAUCAUCAGACAGGUAUUGUCGCUAUUGAUGGAUGGUUAAAACUGAGUGCACCAGCCCAAACUGCAGUCCUGUUUAAGGAACUCAGAUUAACUCUUCAUUCUAUUUUGAGGGAGUUGAUUAGAAAGCCGGAGGAUGCCAAUGUCAAUGUGGUAUCUAAUGAUGUUGUCAACUCUAUAAUUCAUUUGUUGUUAGAGGAGGACAAACCCCGAAUGUGAUCUUUGAACACAAGGUUCAAAUCGGAGGAGGGUGGUCUUGUGUCUCAUGCAGCACCAUGUGUUGUUGCUUCGCGUUGGCUGUGGGGCGUGGACCAAACGUAGCAUGAACCAGAAAGUUGACCAGGAUCUAAUUCUAGGAGGAAGGCGGAAGAUACUUACUGUUUGAUCAAAGAAGGUUCAGAAAUAUAGGUUUGAUGAAGUGGUAACAUUAACAUAGUACAAGGAUAAAAUAAAGAUAUUAUUGUAUUUAAUUGGCUCUGAUGAGGCUGUAAUAGUAAUUAUCCCCAUGCACCAUGCUGAUGGUAUAUUUGGCUUUAUAAAAAAAAAAAAAAAAAAAAAUUAAUUUUCAA